AUGGCGCCGAAGAAAGAACAGAACCCUAAUGGUUUAGAGGGUCUCGACGACCUACACCACUCUCCCUCCCAAGAUGACACCACGAUGCGCAUUGACGAUGCCGUUUUCGGAGAAGUUUCAGAGGGCGGUCCCAAUUAUCGCAACGUCGGUUGGAUCGCAACAGUCGCUCUUAUGACAAAAACCCAGAUCGGUCUGGGAGUCCUAUCGAUCCCACAAACAUUCGACGCCCUCGGUUUGAUCCCUGGCAUUAUAUGUCUCAUAGUCGUAUCGAGUAUCACAACAUGGUCCGACUACAUGAUUGGCGUGUUCAAGCGUCGUCAUCCUCACGUAUACGGUAUUGACGAUGCUGGGUAUCUGAUAUUUGGACGAAUUGGUCGCGAGGUUCUUGCGACUGUCUUUAUGCUAUAUUGGAUCUUUGUAGCCGGCUCGGCUAUGCUUGGCAUUUCUAUUGGCCUCAACUCAGUUUCCACCCAUGCAGCCUGUACUGCCAUAUUCGUCGCCGUCGCCGCUAUCCUCGGCUUCUGCUUUGCGAGUAUCCGUACGCUGGGUAAGAUCGGCUGGUUGGCGUGGAUCGGACUAGUGUGUAUUAUGACAGCCAUCUUCUGUGUCACAGUCGCAGUUGGUCUUCAGGACAGACCGGCAGCUGCACCUACUGAGGGCCACUGGGAGUCCGACUACAAGCUCUUCAACCACCCGACUUUUGUUGACGGCAUCACGGCGGUUUCGGCGCACAUUUUUGCCUUCUCAGGUACCCCUGCCUUCUUCCAGAUCGCAGCCGAGAUGCGCGAGCAGAAACACUACACAAGGUCACUGUUGACUUGUCAAUCUAUCGUGACUGUCACAUAUAUUACUAUCGGUAUUGUGGUUUACUAUUACUGCGGCUCAUAUGUUACAUCCCCUGCUUUAGGGUCUGCUGGUCUUCUCAUGAAGAAAGUCUGUUACGGAUUUGCCCUGCCUGGACUUAUUGUGACUGCCAUGCUCAUGACCCAUAUUCCUGCCAAGUACAUGUUCAUCCGCUUGUUGCGCGGUACCAAGCACCUCAACUCCAACGGUAUCGUGCAUUGGGCCACCUGGUUAGCAUGCACCGGAAGCGUGACAAUCAUCGCAUACAUCAUCGCAAGCGCCAUACCUGUCUUUGGCGGUCUUGUAUCCCUCAUCGGCGCCCUCCUCGGCACGCUCAUGUGCUUCCAACCGUACGGCUGUUUCUGGCUGUUCGACAACUGGACCAAGGGCAAGAAGGACAGGACAUUCAAAUGGUGCUUUAUGGUAGGCUGGAGUGUAUUUGUUAUUGCAUCUGGUACUUUCAUGAUGGUCGCAGGUACUUAUGGCUCGAUUGUCGGAAUCAAUAAUUCUUUGAAGGCCAACGGCGGAUCAGGCCCUUGGUCCUGCGCCGAUAACUCCAACUCUGGUUCUGCGGGCCACUAA